AUGACAACCUCCUUGGAAACACCUUCUUCCCCGCUCUGUCUCGAUCCAAACCAGGAGGGCACACGUAUUAUGGGUUCUUCUUCUCCUCUGUUUAGCCCUUCCUCUGAUCAACGUUUCUGGAGCACUCUCAGGAACAGGGUCGACACGCUUCUCGAUGCUCGUCAACCCAGAACUUCAUCUCACUCCCCUAAGAAUGUAGAAGUAAACAACCGAUCCAAGGAAGAUUGUAUGUUGCUGAUGAGGGGGUUUGAUUCAGUUGCCCACACUCUGUCUCUGUUGUCUAAUAAUUUGGACAAUGCGCUUCAGGGUGCUAGAGAAUUGGCGAAUCCACCCACAUUAACUGACAUAUUUCACAGCAAAAAUGAUACGGUGGAAAACAAAGAGGAUUCCGGAGAGAAACAGAAAGAGGAGUCAAACCAAGGAAUGAAAAGGAAACUUGACCAUGUUGAUUACUCUGAAGAAAAUGCUGUUGACACACAAAAGGAGGAUGGGAAAAAAGUGAUGGAUAGGAACAUCAAGAAAGCAAAAAAUCUUGCAGUUUCAAUGGCAACGAAAGCAGCUUCACUGGCAAGAGAAUUGAAGUCCAUUAAAUCAGAUUUGUGUUUUAUGCAAGAAAGGUGCGGUUUGCUUGAAGAGGAGAACAGGAGACUGCGUGAUGGAUUUACAAAAGGAGUUAGACCCGAAGAAGAUGACCUGGUGAGGCUUCAGCUGGAAGCACUUUUGGCUGAGAAGUCCAGAUUGGCCAAUGAAAAUGCAAAUCUGGUCAGAGAAAAUCAAUGCCUUCAUCAGCUUGUGGAGUAUCACCAACUUGCUUCUCAAGAUCUCUGUGAGUCUGAUGAGGAUGCUAUCCAGGGAAUGUACUUGGACUUCUCAUCUCCCCCGCCAACAAUUCCUGAAGAGACAGGGGAUGAAGAUGGUGGUGAUGAUGAAAAUGGAGAACCACACACACCUACAAAUCCUAUCCACAAGUUUUCUGCUUCACUUGAUGAUGGAGAAGAGUAA